CCUGGGUAACACACAAACAGGCAGAAGAUAUAGAGGAGGAGGAAGAGGGACAGUGUAAGGGCACCGGGAAGCAAUUCUGGCGUUUGGGGCUCCUCAUUCUGACCUGCUGCAGCAAUGAUGAUGUCCAGGAAAAAUGUUACUUACAGACAAAGGGAGAAGUUGAUAGCAGAGGCGCAGAGGCAAGAAUUCCUUCGGGAGGACCGAAUUAAACAUUUAAACUAUGAACAGCAAAUGGCGGAAAGUUUAAAGAGUGAGGAACGCGUGGAAAAGAAACGUUUCUUACAACGUUUACAAAAUGAAGAACACGAGAAGAGAAUGGAUGAGGCUAUACAACUGGGAGAAGAAAGCAGGAGGUUAAAAGAGCGCCAGCUGGAACAAGAAGAGAGAAUGGCAUUGGAAAUGGCAAGAAUAAAACAUGAAAAGCUAAAAGAUGAAAAGAUAAGACAACAAAUAAGAGAAAACAGCACUGAACUUCGUGAGCUGGAACAAAAGCUCAAAGCUGCAUACCUCAACAGGGAGCGGGCAGCUCAGAUUGCAGAAAAAGAAGUUUUAAAGUAUGAACAGAUGAAAGAAGACUUGGAAACUGUUCGUAAAAUGCAAAAAGAUCAAGAAAGAGCUGAAGAUGAAGAGAUUGUCAGAGAAACCAAGCGCUAUCAGGAGAAACUAAAUUACCAGAUAGAGUUGGAGAGGCAGUUGGAAGAAAAAGAGAAAACAAGACAAGAAGCUUACCAUGAAUUCCUUAAAGAGAAGAUUCUUAUUGAUGAAAUUGUUAGAAAGAUCUAUGAGGAGGACCAAAUGGAAACACAGCUAAAGCUGGAAAAAAUGAAUGCCACACGGAGAUACAUUGAAGAAUUCAAAGAGCAGCAGCAAACCUGGAGAAACAUGGAACAGACAAGAAUGGAAGAGGAGAACAGGAAAAUCCUGGCAUUUGCCAACAUGCAGCAGAGGAGAGAGGAGGAUCGUAUGGCAGAGGUGCGAGAGCGUGAACAGCAGAAGAAGGCUCUACAGGAGAAGCUUGCAGAACAGAUCCAGAAAGAGCAACAGCAGCGAGAAGAACUUGAGCAAAUGCGUGAAGAGCUGUACCUGGAGGAACAGGCUGAGGAAGCCAGGCAAAAGGCAAUUUCAGAGAUGGAGAAAAAAAUCCGCCAGCGUCUUGAAAUGCAGCAAACAUUUGAAGAGCAAAUGGCAUUUAAGCAAAUUGUGCAGCAAGCUGCAAAAGAGGAGGAGGAAGCAUUUGUACAAGCCAUGCUAGCCAAGUUUGCAGAGGAUGACCGAAUUGAGCAGAUGAAUGCACAAAAGAGGAGGAUGAAACAGCUUGAGCAUAAGAGAGCAGUGGAGAAACUUCUAGAGGAGCGGCGCCAGCAGUUUAUUGCAGACAAAGAACGUGAACUUCAAGAGCGGCAAGAAGAAGAAAGACGAGAAUCAUUCCGCAGAGCAAUUAUUGAGGAGGAAAGGCAGAAAAUCCUCAAACAACAUGCUACUCAGUUGCUUGGGUAUCUUCCAAAAGGAAUAUUUAAGGGUGAAGACGAUCUUAAUUUGUUUGAUGAAGGAUUUCGCCAAGAUUUUCAGAAAAGAAGAGCAGACAUAUCAUCAAAUGAUGGAUGGGAUUAACUAAAUAAUUUUAGAAGCUACAGAAUGAAUUUACUUCAAUGACACGAGGGCUCACAUAGAGAAGCAAGCACAGAGCAAGAGUGUGCAACUUGCAAGUACUUUACCUAUGCAAGUGUAAAAUAGCAAUCCAGUUCUUCAGUCAAUAGGAGGGAAAUUUAUAAACACUGGGCAAAUUUUCUUUUUGGUCAGUAACCAAUGGCAACUAGUCAGAUGUUUCCUUUCAUUGUUUUACCUGCAGAUGGCUGAAAAAAAAUCUCUGGUUGCUAUGGGUUACUUCUCAGGUGCAUAUUUGCCCCGAGUUCAUAAGUGAGCCCUCAAGUGUGCAUGAAUUGCAUGCGUAGGGGCAGCACGCUAUUAUCACAAUUUAUCACAGCAGGCUGAACGGCCAACAUAAGCAAUCACCAUAAGUAGCUUUGUAAAUAGUACUGAACAUAAUUUGGAGCACAAUUUUGUUCUUGCUCUCGUAAAUGAGUCCUGGUUGUGUACUGUAAAAUAAUUGUUGUUAUCUGGUUCUUUUAUGUAAAUUAAGAAACAAAUAAAAGCUGUAGAAACCA